AGAUAUUGUACCUGAAAAAAUCCAUUUGGUCACCAACUAUAGAGAAGAUAUGAAUGCCAUAAGCUUCUUAUCUCUUGUUUCUCUCAUUUUUUCUAUUGCCACCGCAGCUUUAAACUCGGGUUUGUCAUCAAGUUAUUAUGAUCGAGUGUGUCCAGAGGCCCUCCCGACUAUCAAACGUGUGGUGGAGGAUGCAUUGGCACAAGAACGCCGCAUGGGUGCUUCUCUUUUACGUCUUCAUUUUCAUGAUUGUUUUGUUAACGGAUGUGAUGCUUCCAUUCUUUUGGAUCAAACAUCAACAAUACAUAGUGAGAAAAAUGCACUCCCCAACGCAAAUUCGGUCAGAGGAUUUGAGGUUAUUGACAAAAUCAAGUUUGAGGUCGACAAAGUUUGCGGUCGUCCCGUUGUGUCGUGUGCUGAUAUCUUAGCUGUUGCUGCUCGUGAUUCUGUCGUUGCGCUUGGUGGGCCAUCGUGGAAAGUCAAGCUUGGAAGAAGAGACUCAACCACCGCUAGUCGGACCGCAGCUAACGCAAACCUCCCGUCACCAUUCAUGGACUUACCCGCCCUUAUAAAAAACUUCAAGGACCAAGGGCUUGAUAAAGAGGACUUGGUUGUGCUUUCGGGUGCACACACCCUAGGGUUUGCUCAGUGUUUUACCUUUAGGGAUCGUAUUCACAAUGAGACCAACAUUCAUCCAGCCUUUGCGAGCCACCUUCGGACCAUUUGUCCACAAGUUGGGGCCAACUCAAGGCUCGCACCACUUGACUCAACACCUGGCUCGUUUGACGUGAAAUACUUCACCAAUUUGGUGAGUAAAAAGGGAAUUUUGAGAUCUGAUCAAGCACUUUUUGAUGGUGGCGUAACUAAUGAGCUUGUUUCAAAAUAUAUUCGGAACCAAAAAGAGUUUUGGGCGGAUUUUGCAAAGUCUAUGGUUAAAAUGGGUGAUAUAAAACCAUUAACAGGGAACAGAGGUCAAAUUCGCAACAUGUGUAGGAAAACUAAUUUCAAGAAAUAUUAAGAGUCCAUCGAGUGGGUUAAUUUGUUUUAUAAGUUUGGGUGAGUAUAUAUUGAGUGUUUGGGUAUUUCAAUUCUUUUCGUAUGUCAAUUUCUUAAAAACUCUAGUAUUCUAUUCUUUCGUAUUUUGAAUUAAAAACGUUUGUAAUUUGAUUGUUCUUUGUUAUGAAUUGUUAUUAAGAUUUGUUUUCUCAUA